CAGAUACUAGGAUGGGAACGUUUGGUGGACACGCUCUUCCCGGAUCGUUUCUUAUAUGCGCAGGAAUCUGGUACACGAUAUCUACUAUUCAUAAAUAUUUCGAUGCAAAGCAGCGAAGAGAAAAAUUCAAAUCUUCGCUGUAUUAUCCAUUUUUCUUUUUGCCUCACAAACUACAAAAAAUACCCCUGGAACCCAUGUUACGAUUGAUUAUGAUAACAACCGGAAUUGUUGCAAUAGUGCUUGAUUCAGUGAUACAUUCAGAGCCAUUCCGAAUGAAUAAUCGACAACACGUGACCUUUUUCGUAUUUUUUGGACAAAGUGCGGUUAUAGAUCUUCUUUUGUUCUAUGGGGUAUCUCUCCCUAUGAAUGCAGAAUACAUUUCACAAAUAGUAAACCUGGGAGUGAAUGCAUUUUUGUUCAAACAUCAUGUUUACGGCCGAAAUGAUUUGGAUGUUUUACUGCACACCUUGCUUGUAUACGUAAUUCUUAUCACCUUGGUGGGGGUAGUGCUGGAAAUGAAAUAUCGAGAUAAUAUUCUGUGUGCUAUGACGAAAUGCUUUGGAUACCUCUUUCAAGGAACUUGGUUCUGGCAACUAGGAUUUAUACUUUAUCCACAGUUUUCAUUCCAAGCCUUAUGGGAACCAAGCGAUCACGCUGGGCUGAUGUUGGUAGCUCUGAUCUUUACCUGGCAUAUUGCCGCCAAUUGUUUUCUAAUGGCGGUCAUUGGUUUUAUAAUGUCAGGUUGCUAUCGUCAAAAUCAUAAGACUGUUCAAGACGACGACACCUCUUCUCGAGCAAGAUUAAUUUUAGAAGAUUGAAGUGAGGGUUAAAUAUAUU